GGCCGAGGAGCGGAGGUGAGCGUGGAGCGCCACUGAGUGUGGAACAACCCCGAGCUCUCGCAGCGAAACUGCCUCCCCGAAGAACUUUUAGAGAAAAAGGAGUAUUUUAGUUUUCAUUCGGCCUCGUCUUUUUCGCACAAAAAAGUGUAUCUAUCAUUUUACAAGUUACGAGUCUUGAAUAACCCGGAUUUUUCUACAUUUCUGGACCGCCAUGCUAAUUAGGAAGAUCCUAGGGGCACUAGCCCUGGUGACUGUGGCAUCCUCUACGCCCGUCCCCAUCGCAGGCACCACGACAGCUAUGAUGUACUUGGCAAGAUUCGGUUACUUGGCCCCGACGGCGACCAACCCACAGUCAGGAGCACUUUUGUCGGAGGAAACUGUCACAGAUGCUGUCAAGGAAUUCCAGGCCUUUGCUGGACUUAACCAAACGGGCGAACUGGACGACGAAACAGUGAAGAUGAUGAACACUCCAAGAUGCGGCGUCAAGGACAAGGUUGGAUACGGGUCGGACGCGCGCAAGAAGAGAUACGCGCUGCAAGGUUCCAGGUGGCGCGUGCGGGAUCUGAACUACAGGAUCACGAAGUACCCGCGCGGCCUCACCAAGGCUUCGGUCGACCGAGAGAUUGCCGCCGCUUUCAAGGUCUGGUCCGACGUGACCGAGCUGUCUUUCACGCCCGUCACGUCAGGCAAGGUGCACAUCGAGAUCCGCUUCGAGAAGGGCGAGCACGGCGACGGCGACCCCUUCGACGGUCCUGGGGGCACCCUCGCCCACGCCUACUUCCCCAUUUACGGAGGAGACGCCCACUUCGACGACACGGAGGCUUGGACGAUCGACUCUUAUAGAGGUACAAACAUGUUCCAAGUCGCCGCGCACGAAUUCGGACACUCCCUCGGCCUGUCGCACUCCGAUGUCCGCUCCUCGCUCAUGGCGCCCUUCUACCGCGGCUACGAGCCCAGCUUCGUGCUGGACCAGGACGACCUGAACGGCAUCCAGGCUCUGUAUGGCAAGAAGACAACGAAGCCAACCCCGGCAACCCUUCGCCCACCCACCAUCGGCGGAAGCGGCACGGACGAGGGCGAAACCGGCCAACCCAGCAGCGUGCUGUGCGGAGACCCGUCCAUCGACGCCAUCGUCACCAUGUCCGAUCAGAACACAUACGUUUUCAAAGGUUCGCGUUACUGGAGACUCACAGAGAAGGGCGUUGACAGCGGGUACCCGAAAUCUAUCUCUCAAGACUGGGACGGACUCCCUUCGAAUAUCGACGCUGCAUUUACCUGGACCAACGGCAAGACAUACUUCUUCAGGGGUGGCGAGUACUGGCGGUUCUCGGACCUGAAGAUGGACGCCGACUACCCCAAGCAGAUCAGCAAGGGCUUCUCUGGCAUUCCUGAUGACAUUGACGCAGCUUUCGUCUGGUCUGGAAACGGAAAGAUCUAUUUCUUCAAGGGUUCAAAAUACUGGCGCUUUGACCCCACUCAGCGACCCCCAGUGAAGGAGAGUUACCCCAAGCCCAUUUCCAACUGGGAAGGUCUGCCCAACUCUAUCGAUGACGCCCUUCAGUAUUCCAACGGCUACACAUACUUCUUCAAGAACGGCAACUACUGGCGAUUCAACGACAGGCGAUUCAAAGUUGACUCUGCAGACCCCGCUUUCCCGCGCCCUGCUGGCUACUGGUGGUUCGGCUGCCCUGCCUCCGGGUCUCAGAUGGACGCCACUCACACCGGGACUACAGACCCCUUGGCCGAUGAAACCCAUGAUGACACUUUCGACGCUGUUUCAGGCUAAAGAGGCAGCAACGCUAACUACCACGAGUGAACAACCCACUUGUGGUACUGAACCGCCGCUGCCUUUUAAAAAAAUAACUGCAGUGGACGUGGCGAUGAGUGGACUUGGCCUCAAACGCCACCAAUAAAGGCUUCGGUCGUCUCGUCUGCCGCUUCUUGCUAACCUGCUCCUUUGCUCCUCCCGCUGCUCCUCGCCUAUUUUGCUUCACCUCAUGUGAUAUUUGUGGCCAUGGAAGUUAGAGAUAAUGGGUUUUGCUUUUUUCAUGCGAAGUACGGAAUGUGCUGAUGGGGAAAAGAUAUCGUUUUUGUGUUUAUAUUUAGUUUCUAAAUGUACGAGUCAUUAUAAAGGUUUAUAUAUAUAUAUAUAUAUAUAUAUAUAUAUAUAUAUAUAUAUAUAUAUAUAUAUAUAUAUAUUAUAUAUAUAUUAUACAUAUAUAUAUUAUAUAUAAAUGUUAACAGAAGAACGCAAAAACACAUACUUUUUUACAAAAUGUUAUAAACACAUCCCCGAGCUUUAAGAUUACCCCUUGUGUUUACCGUGACUACCUCUCCUCAGACGGCUCAGAAGACUAUAUAGACAGCAACAAUUGGCUGACUCCACGUGUCGCGGGCUCGAGGAGCGUUGGCUACAGGCAAAGCGGAGCCCCCUCGAACACCCUGGCGCUCUCAGCUGCCCUCACUUUCGCUCUUGUCUUUGUCCUUCAGUCCCUCCGCUGGAUGUAAUCGGGGUGGUUAUUGGCUACUGUGAAGUGUCGUCCAAAAGACAGUUGUUGUUGUUCUUUUUUUAUCUUCUUCUCUGAAGUAGUGAUCUAGGAUGAAAAUGCAAUAAUUAUGAUUUUUUUUAGAAAACAUUUUUUGUAAAUAUAUACACGCACGCACACACACACACACACACACACACACACACACACACACACACACACACACACACACACACACACACACACACACACACACACACACGUCUAGAAUGAGUAUUAGGUUAUGGAUUAUGAGAAUGAUCUCUAAUGAUCUCGUGCUCAUCAACUCUUAAUGUCUUGAAAUCAGUAUCUAUCUCAUAAUGUUAUUGAAACCCAUUUUACUUAUAUUGUUACAUGUCCUGUAAGGCUGAUUACUUAGCAUCCUGACAUACAUUACAUAUAUAUGAGCUAUAUUUGCAUGUAAUACUAAUAUGAGCGACAUGAUAUAGUACAGUUGGGGCUCUGACAUGUCCUCACGUGUACUAAAUGGAUCUGUUUGGAGAAAUGACAUGAACUAUUCCUGUUAACAUAUUAAAGACUUCACAAUAUUACACUUUACUUGGAAUUUUCUUCUUUUUAAUUAGUACAUUUCAAUAUCAAACCUAGAAUAUUUUUCCUAAUAUAAAUGUUGUUCUUUAUCACUACACAUGCAAAUAUUCAACGAAGUACCUUAAAUCUGUUAUGUGAAAUGAUCAUAGACUCGCAUUUAGUCAUAUCAUAUUCACUAGAUACAUUUCACAGACAAAAUACUUUGGUGGUCAGUUCAUUAUGUUGGUCAUAAUAUGACUGUAUUAAGAAUUGCAGUAUAAUUUAAGUUUCUGUGAGUUUCAUCUGCGUUUUCACCUGUUGUAAAUUGAAGGUAAAAGAACAGAUUUUUCAUUUGUAGUUUGUAAGAUCCAAAAAAGGCAUUAUGUUUGUUGUGCUAAGACUUUCUAUUGCUAGUAGUCUUAGGAGUAUAAAUCAUGUUUUAGAAUUCUGGUGUAAAUAUUUGUACAAAGCUGAGAGAGUGAUAUUCUUCAGUGUGAAUUAAAUAUAUGUGAUUAACACAGUU